GGCGGAGCGGAAACGGGGAGCAGAGUCUCCGGGCGCCGAGCGCUCUCCGUGUUACCUCCGUCCCGGCCCGGAGGCUGUUGCGGCGCCGCUAACACCCGCGGCGGGCUGUGACUGCAGCUCCAGCUCGCGAGCCCCGCGGAGGGCGGCCCGCGUGAUUGACAGGAAGCCCGUGGGCCAGGUCUGUCAACGCGGAGGAGGCAGCCGUGCUGAAGAUGGAUACACAGCACUAGGGAGCUUUUCCUUUCCGCUCAAAAUUGUUUCCAGUUACUGCUUCUCAAUCAAAUCUGCUUGCUUCAUCAGAAAUGAUUUUUACAAUCUCAAGGAAAAAUAUGUCCCAGAAGCUGAGCUUCCUGUUGCUGGUGUUGGGACUCAUCUGGGGUCUCCUGCUGCUUCACUACACUUUCCAACAGCCGCGACAUCAGAGCAGCGUCAAGUUACGGGAGCAAAUCCUAGACUUAAGCAAAAGAUACGUGAAAGCCCUGGCGGAGGAGAGCAAGAGCGUUGUGGAUGUGGACAGUGGAGCCUCCAUGGCAGGCUACGCGGACCUGAAGAGAACGAUUGCAGUCCUCUUAGAUGACAUUUUGCAGCGCUUGGUGAAGCUGGAGAACAAGGUUGACUAUAUCGUUGUGAAUGGCUCAGCAGCCAAUACUACCAACGGCACCAGUGGGAACUUGGUGCCAGUAACCACCAACAAAAGGACCAGUGCAUCCGGCAGUGUCAGAUAGCAGUGAAGCCACCUUGCAGGGCUGACACCACUGUGGGAUACAUCCAUCGCAGGACACCUCUUACACUGCUGCCUAGGACAGAGUAAUACUUGACAAUAAAAGCUCCACACAUUUCCAAGGAGCUCGCUGGGCUCGUAGGACGCUAAUUCUGUAUAUAGAUGCACAGGCGUUAUUAGCUGGCUUUCCCGCAAAGCUCUUCGAUGCUGUUCUGUACAUUUAAUGGGACUUUGGUAACACAGUUGAUGUGGUAAGCAGGGAGGCCAUCCUUUGGUAUUUGAGAUCAGGAAGAAACAAAAACACUAGAAAGACAUGGAAUCCUUUCUAUAAAAUAUUUAUUUAAGUAUAUAACAUGUUUUUCAGAUAAGCGGACGAUAAAGUUCCUGAAUCAUUCUGUCAUCUGCCCUCAUGAUGUCCCUGUGAGUAGAAACAUGCUUAGUUCCAAUACUAUAUUUUGUUACUCAGAUUAUGAGCAGGAAAAGGAAGUAUCAUGUUGGAAAUCAUGUUUUAAAAUAGACCCAAAGAAUGUUUUCAUUUGCACUAUCCUUCAAAAUAACUGAAGGUUAAUUGUAUAUUUUUAAAAAUAGCAUUUGUAAGAGUAUAAUUUUGAAAUGGGUAGCAGCCACUGUCCAUAGCCUAACCAUUUGGGACUAUUUAAUAGAGAUGAGAGUAAUCUCUAAUCUCAUACUUAAAAAUUUCUUACAUAUAUUCUGCAUAAUAACACAUAUUUUUAUGAUGGAAAGUAAAAUGUGCAUGAUUUUUCACAAUCAUGAUUGUUGAUUUGAAAGUAAAUUCCAAUGUCAUAUGCUUGUAGUCAUGGAUACUCAGGAGGCUGAGGCAGGGGACUUGCAAGCUCACUGCCAUCUUGGCCAAGAGCAGACCCUGUCUAAAAUAAAGGAAAAUAUUUAGUCCGUGACUGUUUCUGCUAUUAGGAAAGUGCAUUGUUUCCAUGUGGUGGUAAAUGUUGCUUUGGUUAUAUUGGCGGGAGAAGGAAGAGAUUGAGGACUUUAGUCAGAUGUAUAUAAUAAACAUAUUUGUGCUGCACAAAGCUGCUUGGAUAUGUUAAUGUUAGUUGAUGUGAUGUAAGAGUAUCCUGUGCUAGGAGAUGCCAGGUUAGCUACUCUUUUAUAUAAAUGACCCCUUUGCAAAAUUAAGAGCAUUAAAGUAUAAAUUAUGAAGAUUGAUUAUCUUUUUAGGGAAACAGCUACUGUAUACAGCACAAGAAAUCUUAAUUUGAUUAACUCUAAUAUAGAACAAAACAUGUCUUUAUUUAAAUAUCUUUUGUAGCAAAUCCAAUUGCUAUAUAGUAUUCUAUAUUUUGUAGUAUUUAUUCUAUAUAAUGAUGGCUGAACUGCAGUUAGCCUCUAGAUUUAGACUAAAUUGAACUUAGUUUUCGAUAUUGUUCAUUGUUAUAAUAUGCUACCACAAAUAGUAGCGGUGAUUAUUUUGUUAAAAUAAGUAUAAGAAUAUAUUGUUUCUUGAAAGAUAGCUGUCUGAAAUGUCUUCCCUGUCCCUUUAUGUGAAGAAAUUAUUGUCCACUAGGUGAAAUCUGAAGCCCUUGUUCAGUCUCGAAGAGUUGUGAACAUUUCUGGUUUUGUCAUUGUUUUCAGGGAUGAAAUAAAAUAUAUUGUUUGUAUUUACAA